UAGUAUCUUAGCAAUGACCCCUUUUCAUUUCUCAGGGUUUCAUUUGUUUUUUUUUUUUCAGGGAUUAAUUUGAAUUUGAUAAAAUUCAUUUCUUUUCUCUCUUUCUCUUCAUUUUCAAACUUUUCCUAAUUCAUUUUUGAACCCUCUGGAUCUACCCCUUGUCUUGAAAAUUUCCAAGAUUUUGUUUUUUUUAUAUUGUUUGUGUGGUUGGUUUUCAAGAAUUGUUAUAAUUGUAGUUGAUUGAAUUUGAUUGCUAUGGAUGACAAUUAUCACAGGCAAGGGCUAGUGGCACAUGCUCCUCCUCCUGGUUACUUUUCACGCUUGGAGAACAGAAGGGCUGAAGACGACCUUUAUUUGAGAAAGAGAGUGAGGAUGAGAAGGUGGUUGUGUUGCACCUGUCAAGUAGAGGAGUCCUACCCAUCAAAUGAAACAGAGCACCUUAAGAACCCUCCGAGUCAUGCUGAUGGAUAUCAGAAAGGGUCAAGAGUAUCAGAUCCCGUCAAGGCUGAAGCAAUACCAACUAUAGAGGUCCCAGCGCUGUCUUUGGAUGAACUGAAAGAGGAAACUGAAAAUUUUGGAUCAAAAGCAUUAAUUGGCGAAGGAUCUUACGGGAGAGUUUACUAUGCUAAUCUAAGCAAUGGCAAAGCUGUUGCCGUGAAAAAGCUUGAUGUUUCAUCCGAGCCUGAGACAAAUGUUGACUUCUUGACUCAGGUUGCUAGAGUUUCAAGAUUGAAGCAUGACAAUCUUGUCGAGUUGCUUGGUUACUGCAUCGAAGGAAACAUUCGUGUAUUAGCUUAUGAGUUUGCAACGAUGGGGUCCUUGCAUGAUAUUUUGCAUGGAAGGAAAGGAGUACAAGGGGCACAGCCUGGCCCAACACUUGAAUGGGUGCAACGGGUAAAGAUUGCUGUUGAUGCUGCAAGGGGCCUCGAGUAUUUGCAUGAGAAGGUCCAACCUUCAAUAAUACACAGGGAUAUCAGAUCAAGCAAUGUCCUCCUCUUUGAAGACUACAAAGCAAAGAUUGCAGAUUUUAACCUAUCAAAUCAGGCUCCUGACAUGGCUGCUCGUCUUCAUUCUACUCGAGUUUUAGGAACAUUUGGCUAUCAUGCACCAGAAUACGCUAUGACUGGACAACUUACACAGAAGAGUGAUGUGUAUAGCUUUGGAGUGGUCUUGCUUGAACUUUUGACUGGAAGAAAACCUGUUGAUCAUACAAUGCCUCGAGGGCAACAGAGCCUGGUUACUUGGGCUACCCCGAGACUGAGUGAAGAUAAAGUCCAGCAAUGUGUCGAUCCAAAGCUGAAAGGAUGUCCUCCAAAAGCAGUGGCUAAGAUGGCAGCCGUGGCAGCACUGUGUGUGCAAUACGAGGCUGAAUUCCGUCCAAAUAUGAGUAUAGUUGUCAAAGCUCUUCAACCACUGCUGAAGGUUCCUGCUGCACCUGCUCCAGAAAUAUAGGGAGCCUAUUUUCGCUUGCUUGUUUUGGAAUUUCUACUGCUAAUUUGCACUGUUUUGUGGUAUAUCAUGCCAAGAUUUCAUUUGUUGAUAGAAACAAAAACAAGACUUCAAAAUUUUCCCCAUAUUUGAAACUGGUGUGUAGGGUUGAUUGCUUAACUUACAUGGUGAGAUUGUUGAGGAUUUCCCUGAGAACUGAGGGGUGUCUAUAAUUUUUCUCUAAAAGAACACCUGGGGUCUGUCCUAUCAAUUUGUUCAUUAUAUUUGUACUUAAUGGUGUUGUAUUAUAUUUAUGAUUUAUACUA